AGGCCCAAUUACAAAAACUGCUCUUCAUUAUAAAAAAAGUGAAGCAUCGGGUAGUUAGGGUUUUUUGUUAGCCCCUCGCGUCAUCGUCUUCAAAGAACGCUUUACCAUCAAAACCAGCUAGCUAAAUCAACCGCAUUUCACCAGGAUGGCUAGAGGGUUGAAGAAACACUUGAAGAGGCUCAAUGCCCCUAGGCAUUGGAUGCUUGACAAGCUUGGUGGUGCUUUUGCACCCAAGCCAUCAUCUGGACCCCACAAAUCCAGGGAAUGCUUGCCAUUAAUUCUCAUUCUGCGAAACAGAUUGAAGUAUGCUCUCACGUACAGAGAAGUUAUUGCUAUUCUCAUGCAGAGGCAUGUCAUGGUUGAUGGGAAGGUUCGGACCGACAAGACUUAUCCUGCUGGUUUCAUGGAUGUUGUGUCAAUUCCUAAAACCAAUGAGGACUUCCGUCUCCUUUAUGACACCAAAGGGCGUUUCCGUCUCCAUGCCAUCACGGGUGAUGAAACCAAGUUUAAGCUUUGCAAGGUUAGGUCUGUCCAGUUUGGCCAGAAAGGCAUUCCAUACCUCAAUACAUAUGAUGGGCGUACUAUCCGCUACCCAGACCCUCUGAUCAAGGCUAAUGACACCAUCAAGCUGGACCUUGAGAGCAACAAAAUUGUUAAUUUCAUCAAGUUUGAUGUCGGAAAUGUUGUCAUGGUGACUGGAGGAAGGAACAGAGGCCGUGUGGGAGUGAUUAAGAACAGGGAGAAGCACAAGGGUAGCUUUGAGACAAUCCACGUUCAAGAUGCUGCUGGGCAUGAGUUUGCAACUCGUCUUGGUAAUGUGUUCACAAUUGGAAAAGGAACGAAGCCAUGGGUAUCCCUUCCCAAGGGCAAGGGUAUUAAGUUGUCCAUCAUUGAGGAAGCUAGGAAGAGGCUUGCAGCCCAAAAUGCUGCUUGAACAUUAACACAAGAUAUCUAGAUGUCUUGCUGCUGUAGUUUAUUCUGGAGUUACUAGAUUUCUUGCAUUUGGUUAAGAAGAAAAUUUUGAGAACUAUUUUCUUCUUGCAAUUUUAAAUUGUUCGGUUGGGUAAUGUUAGUGAACUUACAAGGCUAUAUUUUAAAUGAAUGCUUGGACUUGGAUGCUUUCGUGAA